AUGGCUGACGGAGCAGGUGGAAAUAAUCAAGGUAACCAUGCUGUAGCAAUAGCAGAGGACAGGGACAGGGCAAUCAGAGAUUAUGCCAUCCCCAUGCUUGACGGGCUGCAUCCAUGCAUUACCCCUGGUAUGACAGAAGAGGCUCUUCACCUCAAGUUAUUUCCUUAUUCUCUGAGGGACAGAGCUAGAGCAUGGCUGAAUUCUCUGCCACCAGAUUCGGUGGCUACAAGGACUGAUUUGGCUGAGAAGUUUCUGGUGAAAUAUUUCCCUCCAAACAAAAAUGCCAAACUCAGGAAUGAUAUCACAUCAUUUCAGCAGUUGGAGGGGGAAGCUCUAUGUGAAUCAUGGGAAUGCUUUAAGGAGUUACUAAGGAAGUGUCCAUACCAUGGACUUCCUUAUUGGAUUCAAAUGGAAACCUUUUAUAAUGGACUCAACGCUUCGACUAGAGCCAUGGUGGAUGCAUCAGCAAAUGGUGCCUCACUUGUGAAGUCGUACAAUGAGGCUUAUGAAAUUUUGGAGAGAAUGUCCAACAACAACUACCAGUGGCCCACUAAGAGAGUUUCCACAGGAAGACGUGUGGCUAGAAUUCAUGAAUUAGACGUCGUGACUGCAUUGACAGCUCAAGUUUUUUCACUGUCUAAUAUUUUGAAGUCUAUGAACGUGACUGCAGGAGCUAAUGCAGCAACCCCAGUUGAAUUAGCUUGUGUUUAUUGUGGAGACAGACAUUCGUUCGAAAACUGCCCAUCCAACCCCGCCUCAGUUUGUUAUGUGAACAAUUUCAACAGGAAUAACAAUCCGUAUUCCAACACAUACAACCCAGGGUGGAAGCAACAUCCGAAUUUUUCUUGGGCAAAUCAAGGAGCUAAUUCUUCAGCAGGGUCGAGUAAACCAGUGUAUCCACCGGGUUUCCAUCAGCAGCAACACCAAAGGCAGCCACCUCAAGAACAAUCAACUCGGAUGGAGGUGCUGCUUAAAGAGUAUAUUGUGAAGAAUGAUGCAAUCAUUCAGAUUCAAGCAGCCCUCCUUCAAAGUCAAGCUGCAUCAUUGAGGACUUUAGAGAAUCAAGUGGGGUAG